UCCCAGCUUCCGGGGAAAACGGAAAGCAGCAGAACAGGAGGAAGGAGUGUGCAGGACGCUAAUAAGUCAGUCUUAUUAUUUGUUAUCCAGUUUAUAAUAUUUACGGCGUAUGAAAUACAUAUGUGAUUCUUUAUUUAAGGAUAAAGUGGUCUGGAUGCGCUAGAAGCACUGUGCCGCUUCUCGUGCUAUCUUUGCUUGAUAGUUAGCUUAGCUCGCUAGUUAGCUUAGCUUGUUAGCUGCUAACAGAAGACACAGAAGUUAUCAACACAUCGCUAAGUAGAGAUCAAGUGUGAGAGUAAAGUGUUGUGAUUGUGUGAAAAUGUGCCACAGAAGGAUAGCAAAGUAUGAGGAGGAACUUUGUCCAACAAAAGAGGAGAAGGAGCGACAACAUCAACUACUGGACGCUGUUUUCAAGAAACAUCAAGUUGUGUUACACAGAACAGACAUCGAUGAAGAACAUCGUCCUCGUGAGCAGGAGGAGGAACCACAGUCCCCCCACAUACACGAGGAAGAAGAGGUACCAAAUUCCCAACACAUCAAAGAGGGAGGAGAGGAACCACAGCCCCCCCCACAUUAAAGAGGAAGGCGAGACGCCACAGAUCCAUAAUGUUAAACUGACCCUUCACAUUAAAGGGCAAGCGGAGGACCCACUGAUCUUACACAUCAAAAAGGAAGAGGAGGACCUACUGACCCCUUACUUUAAGGAACAAGAGAACCUGCUGACCCCUCACAUUAAAAAGGAAAAGGUGGACCUACUGACCCCUUACUUUAAGGAACAAGAGAACCUGCUGACCCCUCACAUUAAAAAGGAAAAGGUGGACCCACAGACCCUCUACUUUAAAGAGGAAGAAGAGGACCAAGAGCCGCCGCACAUUAAAGAGGAAGAGGAGGAAGAGGGCAUCAGUCAGCCUAAAUGGUUGGAGGAGUUCCCAGUGACUGGUGUCCCUGUGAAGAGUGAAGAUGAUGAGGUGAAAGGUGAAAGUGAGGAGAGGGGAGGGGGGGAGCCUCCAAGCAGCAGCUCAACACAACACAUGACAACAGAAGCUGAUGGAGACCACUGUGGAGGAUCACAAGCAGACAAGCUCUUAGCUCCACUAUCAGAUAGUGAGGACACAACGUCACACUCUCCUGACACUGAUGAUGAAGACUCUAAAGAUGAUAAGACAUGUCACACUGACAACACUCACUUCACAUCUUCUCACUCUCACAAAACUUUUAAAUACCAUUGUCAUCUGAAAACACACAAUAGAACACACACUGGAGAAAAACCUUUUUCUUGUUCAAUUUGUGGUAAAAGUUUUACACAAAGUCAAGAUGUGAAAGUACACAUGAGAACACAUACCGGAGAAAAACCUUAUGUCUGUUCAAUCUGUAGUAAAAGUUUUGUACAAAGAAUCACUUUGAAAGUACACAUGAGAACACACACUGGUGAAAAACCUGUUUCCUGUUCAACCUGUGGUAAAGGUUUUACACGAAGUCAGAGUUUGAAAAGACACAUGAGAACACACACUGGUGAAAAACCUUUUUCCUGUUCAAUCUGUCGUAAAGGUUUUACACGAAGUCAGAGUUUGAAAAGACACAUGACAACACACACUGGUGAAAAAUCACAUUCCUGUUCAAUCUGCAACAGAAGCUUUUGUGACCGAUCAAGGCUUCUAGCCAGUCUCCAUGGGGCCCUAAGCAACAUUUGAUUUUGGGGCCCUCUAUUUCUGCCAAUAAUAUUGAUUGUUGAUCAUUCACACACCUACUAUAAAGUCAUUGCGGCUCUGGCAGUGUUUACAUGAUCCUAUUGUCAGCCUGGCAUGUCUUUACAAAUGACAUGUCAUUUAUAAAGAUAUGGGGGUGGCCCAGCUAAGAACAUAAAUAAUACCAAUGAAUGAAGGAAUGAUGUCCAGAGUGCCAUAUAUACUUCCUAAUUUUAAAAUGUAGAAAACAUUCAGCUACAAGAGUGGCCUGGGGUUGAACAGUCCAAGUGAUAAAGCUUUGUAUUUACAGUAAAAGUGUCAUCUUGUCUCAUCAGUCUUGUACAUAUUAGUCUUUAAUUACUAGUUUAUAGUUUUAGUUAAUUGUUCAUAUUUCAUGUUUACUUUGUAUAAAGAGAGCGCAGUCUACUGAAGUUAAAUUCCAUGUGUGUUAAACAUAAUAGGACAAUAAAGGUGAUUCUGAUUCA